AAAAAUGUGUUUCUACAUUUUCAUUGUUAUGUAUCUAACCAGCAGUUUUACUAAUGGACUACUUUACUCUUCUUAUCCUUUCAAUGAGGAAGGCGAAUUGAAUGAUGGAGCGUCAUCCUAUUUGGAAGAUUUAUUUAGAAAUAAUAACAAAAGUACUGAAGGUAUGUCGUAUUAUGAAUUUCAAUAUCUAUUAAAAUCUUAUAAUUGGCUAUACAAUAUGGACGAUAGUGAAAUCGAAAAACUAUUUAGUGAUGGAGUUAAUGACAUUUUUAGUUCAUUAAGUACAAGACUGUAUGAAAAUUGAUCAAUUUAAGAAACAGGCGACGGUGUAUGUCAAAAAAAUUGAGAAUAGAAUUUGUAAUAUUUAUUAUGACUGUUGUGACAAUAAAAUAACUACGACUCCACAUCAAAAUAUACUCUGUUCUUAAAUCAUUACGAUUAGAAAUCACUUAUGAAGAAGUUAAUGUAUCAAUAUCUGACAGUAAUGUUCGAGACCCAUUAAG